AACGCAUUUCUUCUAUUUUACUCAUUACAGAACACCUGAGCAAUGUCCAACUGUGGUGUCCCUCCUAUCAGAGAGCUACAACCCCCAUGUUCGAUAUGGAGCAGCCAUGGCUUUGGGUAUUGCAUGUGCAGGAACUGGAAACAAGGAUGCCUUGAGUAUUCUGGAGCCCAUGCUGAACGAUUCCGUUAACUACGUGAGACAGGGCGCCCUCAUUGCCUCGGCUAUGGUCUUGAUUCAGCAGAAUGAAGUCACUUGCCCAAAGAUGGCUCACUUCCGCAGUAUGUACAGCAAGACGAUCGGUGACAAGCAUGAAGAUCUAAUGGCCAAGUAUGGAGCUAUCAUAGCGCAAGGAAUCAUGGAUGCAGGUGGUCGCAAUGUGACGAUCUGUCUGCAGUCCAGGACCGGCCACACCCAUCUGACCUCGGUGGUUGGUAUGCUGGUGUUCCUUCACUUCUGGUACUGGUUCCCUCUGGCCCAUUUCCUCUCCUUGGCAUUCACCUCCACCGCUGUCAUCGCUCUCGACUCCGAUCUUGAGAUGCCGGUGAUGGAGUUCAAAUCGAGCGCCAAGCCGUCCCACUAUGCGUACCCACCCCCUCUGGAGGUGCCCAAGGAGAAGGAAAAGGAGAAGGUAGCUACCGCCGUGCUCUCCAUCACCGCCAAGGCCAAGAAGAGAGAGAAGAAAGACGCAGAGGAGAAGAUGGUCGUGGAUGAUGCAGAAAGCGUCAAGGACGACGAUAAGAAAGAGGUCAAGAUGGACACCAAGGAGACCCCUGACCCCAAGGUCAAAGAGGAAAAGGUCAAGGAUGAAAAGGUCAAGGAUGAAAAAACCAAGGAUGGAGAGAAGACCAAGGAAGGAGAGAAGGGGAAAGAUGGAGAAAAGGGGAAGGAUGGAGAGGAGAAGGUGAAAGAGAAAGGGAAGGAGAAGAAGGAGCCAGAACCGUUGUUUGAGAUGCUAGGGAAUCCCGCCCGCGUCAUGUCGGCCCAGCUUAAGGUGUUGUCCAUCCCCGCGGAGUGCAGAUACAAACCCAUCAAGUCGACAUCCAUUGGUGGUAUUCUGAUGGUGAAGGAUCUCAAGAACACAGAGCCGAAGAUGAUUGUCAAGGAUGUCGCUGCUGGUGGACCAAAGAAGGCAGAAGAAGAGGAGGAGCCAGAGGCCCCUGAACCUUUUGAAUGGACCGACGAAUAAAUACCUGAACAGAUCGUCAGUCCCACCAUUUGUGAACAAAUUCCUUGGAUGUGACUCACAUAAUCGUUUUACAUACUGUAUGUGUAUGAUUUCAUGACUGCUCUGUAUCAAUGUGUAGGGAAACUCAAUCAACAAUCUGAGAAUGAUA